UAAGAGAGGAUAAAUACCCACCCUUGUCAUUUCCAACACUCUCAUAUAUAUAUUCCUUGCUCUAACACAGAGAGAGGCUGUGUCUGUUUCUACAUCCUAAAAAACAUUCACACAAAACAAAUUAGAAGACAAAAAAAAGGAUAAGAAGAAGGUGAAGAAAAAGGAGUGAUUAUUUGGAAGAAUGGUGAGAGCUCCUUGCUGUGAGAAAAUGGGACUGAAGAAAGGGCCUUGGAGCCCUGAAGAAGAUCAGAUUUUAGUCUCUUAUAUUCAGAAACAUGGCCAUGGAAAUUGGAGAGCACUCCCAAAACAAUCUGGGCUGUUGAGAUGUGGGAAGAGUUGCAGGCUGAGAUGGAUAAACUAUCUGAGGCCAGACAUAAAGAGGGGAAAUUUCACUAAACAAGAGGAACAAACCAUCAUCAACUUGCACCAAAUGCUUGGAAACAGAUGGUCAGCAAUUGCAGCAAGAUUACCGGGACGAACGGACAAUGAAAUUAAAAAUGUUUGGCACACUCAUCUGAAGAAAAAGCUAAAACUCUAUGAUGAGUCCUCUCAAGAUUCCAAGACUAUUCAAAUUUCAAAAUGUGACAACAAUGUUGUCAUAGAGAAUGAAUCUGGGAAAAACAAUCUUUCCACUACAAGUCCACAACAUUGUUGUAGUGAAAUGUCGUCCGUCACAGAUUCGUCGACAGAGAAGAUAGUCGUGAAGGAGGAAAUCGAUUACUCGUCUGAGUAUUUCCCGACGAUCGAUGAAAGUUUUUGGUCGGAAGAAUUGGCAAAUGAAGAUGUUAGGGAAACAAAGGAGGAUGUUGAUGCACAUUUGCCAUUGGUGGAAUUGGGAAGUGUUGAAGAUUCAAAAGUUGAUGGUGGUGGCGGCAUGGACUUUUGGUACAAUCUUUUCACUAGAGCUGGUGACAUGCCUGAUUUACCAGAAUUUUGAGCUGUAUUUUUUUUUUAAUAGGAGCUAAGAAUUUUAGUGUUUUUUUUUUAAUAUUGGCAUCUUUGACCGUGUGGGUCAAUAAUGGGAAGAGGGGGUAGAGUUCAAAAGGAAUAAAAUAAUUUGAAAAAUAGUUGUGUGUGAGUGAAUGGCAAAUUAGGGUUUGACUUAGAAAAUUUCUACUACUACAUGAAAUGGAAUAGUGAGGUAGGGUGACGGAUCCUAACCAUUUUGUAUGUGUUAUCAGGCCUCGUAUUUUAUUUAUUUCGUCAGUUUGUA